UAUUAGUCUACACAGGACUUUCUAAGUUUGACUUUACUUCUUACAGCUCUGGAGAAAGAUAAUUAAAAUGUCCAAAGUGAGAAAUGAGGAGGUGAAACGGGAUAAAUAGAGUGAGUAGUAGAGUAUGAAAUAGAGAGAGGUAGAGGAGGGGAGGGAGGGAGGAAGAUGAGGGGGGAGGAUACAUGAAGCCGGAGGGAGAUGAAACAGAUUUAGAGACAGAAAGCAGCCGGUGUUUAAACACAACAGUUCUUCCUCGGCAGCAGCAACAGCAGCAAACACCGCCUCCUCCUCCUCCUCCUCCUCCUUCAUCAUCUUCCCACCAUCCAUCCUCCGCCUCCUCCGCUCCGGUGCUCCUCUCCAUGCCGGCGGAGAUCUCGGUCUCCGCGGGGCUGCCAUGGCGAAGAUCCGGGUGUCGUACGAGUACUCCGAGGCCGAGGACAAGAGCAUCCGGCUGGGCUUGUUCCUGAUCGCCUGCGGGAUCCUCAGCCUCUUCAUCCUCGGCUUCUGCUGGCUCAGCCCGACCCUGCAGAGUCUGCAGAGCAAGCCGGCCAACUGCACGGUGGUGUCGGUGUUGCGUCCCGAGGAGAUGUUCGAGUGCGUGUUCACGUGCGGUACGGACUGUAAGGGGACGUCUCUCUAUCCCUGCCUGCAGAUCUUUGUCAACAACUCGGAGUCCAACUCUGUCGCUCUGCUGCACUUUGACGAGCAGCAGCUGGUCCUCAACCCAAAGUGUUCCUACGUUCCUCCCUGUGAGAGAGACAACCAGAAGAACAAAGACAGCGUCCUGUGGUGGGAGGAUUACUUCACCAAAGAGGUCAGCAGUCAGUCUUUCACCUGCUUCUUCAACCAGCAGAGGAGGCCAGACGACGUUCUGUGGCGGCGUUCUCACGACACCAGCGUCCUGCUCCACUGCGUCCUCUGGCCGAUGGUGUCGCUCCUCCUGGGCACGCUCAUCGUGCUCCUGACGGUGUGCGCGCGCUCUCUGGCCGUCCGAGCGGAGGCCCUCCAGAAGAGGAAGUGCUCGUACGAGGUGUGUCAGGACCUGUCGCUGCCCUCGGAGCGCCUCGCAGACAAGGUCGACGACCUCCUGACCACGAACUCUGAGCCCGAGCCGGAGCUGUCGUCGCCGACAAGGACCCUGCCAUUGUUUGCGGUGCCGGUGAGACGCCGGGAUCGAGAACAUUAAGACGCAAACGUAAAGUUGAUAUUUUAGGAAGCGGAAAGUGGGUGGAGUCAAGUGACUGACAGUCUGGUUUGUACGAGCAGAAACGUUCAAACAGGAGGAGGGGAAUCCAAACUGUUGUCUGUAGAGAAACUUUUCCUCUGAUUUAACUCGUCUGGAUUAACCUCGACGCUCAGACGAUCGUGUUUGUGUGACGGGCGGUCGAACGGAUCAAACCCAAAGGAACGACCUUCUCUCUUAACUGUAGCUCCUCCUUCAUGUAGUUCUCCUUGGAGGCCCAGUAGCCAUAACUGUUAAUGAACUCAGAGCCAAAGUGCAGAAAUGUCUUCAGGCGUCUGCUUCUCAGUGCAAUCACUAAAAGAGCCCGACAGCAGAGCACUUGUUUACAUAAGAAAGACACUUUAGAUAUCGUGUCAUGUUUGUUUCUUCCACAUACGUCAUGUUCUUCAAAGCGUCUUUGUUCAUAGAUCAUCUCAGCGUUAAGAUUCAGGUCCUUUAUU